AUGUUAAGAUUUACAUUUUAUAAACAACUAAAUUAUAUACGUUGUAGUCAUGUUAUUUUUCAACGUUUUCUAUCAGCACAACCAUCACCAAAAGCAAAUCAAACAACUGCUCGACCUGUUGGUACAGGUUUAAGUACUGUACAAACAUCAAGUAAUCUUCCUGUACUUUACGAACCAAGUUUAAUGUCACGUAUUAAAAUGAAAUUUGGUUUACAAGCUGAAUUACGUGAACCACAAAAAGUUUUAUAUCAAGCAGCAGCUAUAUCAUAUUAUAUGAUUGCUUCAUCAGUAGAUUUUGAUGGUAUACAACGUGAACUUGAUAUGCCAGAUGUUUUUGCAUCAUUUGGAAGAAUUAUAUUUCUACAUAUUUGGUUUUUACUUGUUCGUUAUAUUCAAUUAGGUCCAACUGGUAUAUUUCUUCGUCGUCAAUUAGCACGUACUAUGUGGACAGAUCUUGAUUUACGUGCUCAACAAAUUCUUCCUGGUCAAGGCAAAGUUCGUCGUAGUCAAUUGGAAGAAUUACGUGCAGAAAUGAAUGCAUUUAUGAUAGCAUUAGAUGAAGGUCUUGUGGAUGAUGAUACAGUAUUAGCUGCUGCUAUAUGGAGACAUUUUCGUCAUUUUCAACCUACUCGUCUUGAAAGUCUUGUUACACUUGUCAAAUAUAUAAGAAAAAAUAUUCAACAUUUAGAACAAUUACCUGAUGAAAAUUUUAUAAAAAAUGGUUAUAUCUAUUUUCUACCAUUAUAUAGUGACAUUGUUGAUACAAAAUUUGUUAAUCAACAUUAUCUUGAUUUUAAAAAUAAAGCUGGAGGACUUGUAAGAAAAUAG